AUGGAGCGACAGGGAGUAGACAUGUCCCACGGGGAGGAUCAGGACCAGGAGCUGCAGCCAUUGGGGGACAGCAAAGAGCAUUUGGAGGACGAGGAGACCCAUGACGAGGAAGCUGGUGGUGGGCCAGCCAGUGCGAAUCGCCAAAUGAUGCUGGAAGGGAAGUCAGCAUCCUACUUUUCCUCUCUGGAAUCAACCAUCGAGAUCUUGAAGAAUAGACCUCAGGAGCUCAUCCAAAACAUCAAUGAAAGCAGGCAAAAGGAUCACUCACUCAUGACCAACUUCAGGGACAGCCUUAAGAUUAAGGUUUCAGAUCUGACAGAGAAGUUAGAAGAGAGGAUGUAUCAGAUUUAUAAUCACCACAACAAGAUAAUUCAGGAAAAACUCCAAGAGUUCACUCAGAAAAUGGCAAAGAUCAGCCAUUUGGAAACAGAACUCAAACAAGUCUGCCACACCGUGGAGACUGUGUACAAAGACUUAUGUCUACACCCGGAGGACAAAGUCUCUCUGCCCCCAAUCCUGCCCCGGUACAUCCCUGGGGAUGAGGCAAUGCCCAGUCCAGGGUUAUUUAUUACAGAAGAGCCGUACAGCUUGCACAUGGGCCUGACUGCUCCAGGGGACACCGCAGCUCAAGUGAUUACAAUGUGA